AGCAGGGCGGAUAACACGAGUUUGUUGGUUUUUAGAGGGCAAACAGGGGAAUACCCGCUUGGCACUUCAAAAAAAAGGAUGCCAUUUCCUUCUCAAACCAGGAUUCUCCGCCCGCCCAACACGCCAUUUUAAAGGAAAAAUGUAACCACGUUGCCGUCCUCUCCUUCCUGUAAUUGCUUCAUCCAUCCAUCACAUUCAGUUCUUCGCUCUAAUUCAUUUCCCCUGUUUUCCCCUGUUUUCCUCUGUUUAAAGUUUCAAAAUGCAGGCACACAACACGACCACUCACACUACAGGUUCCAGGCCCAAUCAGCGUCUACUUAACAAUUUCAAACACUCCUUUGCAUUUCCCGAUAAACUAUCCGCCUUUUUGCUUCUACUGCCAAGAGCCGCCGUCCUGCUCUGCCUCCUCGUCUCCUCCACCCUCCUCCUCCGCUCUGUUUUCUCUUCUCCGUCCCACCGCUUCAUCCUCCCCGACCACAUAUCCACUUCCCCCACCAACAUAUCCCACAUCGUAUUCGGAAUUGGCGCGUCGGUUCAAACGUGGGAAGCGCGCAGCCUCUACACCCAUCUCUGGUGGAACCCCAACCGGUAUCGAGGGUUCGCUUGGCUCGACAGGGAUCCGGGAGAAACCAAAAACCCGGUUCCAUAUCGGGUGUCGGAGUCGUGUGAUGGAGUGGGUUAUUCGUGCACGACGGCGGCGGUUCGUAUGGCUCGAAUUGUGGUGGAGAGUUACAAAUUGGGACUGAAAAACGUGAGGUGGUUCGUUAUGGGGGAUGAUGAUACCGUGUUUUUCACGGAGAAUUUAGUUACGGUGUUAGCGAAAUAUGAUCACAAUCAGAUGUACUACAUUGGUGGGAACUCUGAGAGCAUUGAGCAAGACCAGAUUCACUCCUACCAGAUGGCCUUCGGCGGCGGUGGAUUCGCAAUCAGUUACCCACUCGCCGCCCAGUUAGUCAACGUCAUGGACGGUUGUCUUCAACGCUACAGUUAUUUCUACGGUUCCGAUCAAAGGGUAUGGGCCUGUAUUACCGAGCUCGGCGUGCACCUCACAACAGAACGUGGGUUCCACCAGUUUGAUAUUAAAGGUGACCCAUAUGGGAUAUUGGCAGCGCAUCCAUUGGCACCACUUGUAUCGCUUCAUCACCUUGAUCGUUUGGAGCCUUUGUUUCCUAAUCAAACAAGGAUUGACUCAUUGAAUUUACUCAUGCAAGCAUACCGAGUGGACUCAUCUCGAAUUCUUCAGCAAAGUUUAUGCUACGACAGGAGGAGAAAAUGGUCUGUCUCCAUCGCAUGGGGCUACUCUGUUCAGAUAUAUCUUUUCAUGGUGGCAGCCACGGACUUGGAUAUUCCAUUUCAGACGUUCAAGACAUGGAGGAGCUGGAGCGAUGGACCCUUCAACUUCAAUACACGUCCUGUGAAUUCUGACCCGUGCUGGCGACCGGUUGUUUACUUUUUGAAACAAGUUCAAGAGGUGGGCUCAAGGAGUAUCAAAACCAGAUACGAAAGGUUCGUGGCUAAGGAAGAGAAAGUAUGCGAGACCAUUGAAUACGGUCGGGUCAUGGCGGUGAAAGACGUUACUGUCUCCUCAACGAAGAUGGACACUGCACUAUGGAUGAAGGCAGCUCAAAGACAGUGUUGUGAGAUUAUGGAUCGGGGAAGGAAUGACAAUAUCGGGAUUAGGAUUAGGAAAUGCAGAAACAGUGAAACAAUUACAACAUAGACGCUUGAUUCUCCCAUGAAAAUGUCCGUUUAAUUUGGACACUGUUAAGAAUUAUGUUCUGAACUUUAAUAGCUAAAAUGUAGUAAAUAUAGAUGAGAUUGUGAGCUAUGGCACAUCAAACAAUGAUGCGGAGGGGAGUAGAUUCCAGGGCGGCGUGUGGAGACAGAGCAAGUAUGUAGAGCUCCGGCUGCGGCUGCCUAGGGGUCGGCGUUUCUGCAUACUCUGCUUACACACAGACACACAUGCAUAAUACUGACAACAAACGCCAUGUCUUCCCCAAAACUUACAUUCUCAAUAAACGC